UACCUCCGCCAUCGUCGCGAGCGCUGCUAUUAGAAAGUCGUCGGCAGUCGAUGAGUGCGGGAGUUCCGCGAGUCGGAUAGAGAGAGAGAGAGACAGAGAGAGAGAGAGAGAGAGAGAGAGAGCCUGCCGUCGGUCGCGAGGCGUCGUGAGAAAGUUUUCGUCGGCCGAGAGUCGCGUAGUCACGGGAAGAGAGGGAGAGUGGAAGGUUCGCGAAGAGAGAUAUAUCCGAUCGUGGGAUUCGGAGAGACGGCAGCCCCGAGCUGUCAGAAUCGAUCGGACGAAACGGAGCGUGACGACGCGCGUGAAAACGUCGCCAAGCACGAAGCGAGAAAGAAGACGACGACGACGACGAAAAAGCCGGGAGGUGACGCCGCUGUGAAAGAAAGAAGAGAGAGAGAGAGAGAGAGAGUGAGACGACGCUCUCCGUCGUAAAAAUCGAUCAUCCUCCGGGUACAUCUGUGUGACUGUGCGCACGUCGUGACACGUCGUCGUCGCAUCGACGAAGGGACGAAUCCUCGUGGGACGCUCCGGCGGUUAAGCUCCGCCGCGCUGGAGGGUCGACGACGUACGACCAGCGCUGUAGAGUGCUACGCAGCAACGUGGCGACGACGCCAUUUUGUCGUAACUGCUACCGUGCGAUUCUUUCGGCAUCAUCAGCGCCGUCGAGCCUACUCGUCGCCGCGCCGUGACCCGUGACACGCGAGUAUCUCGCGAGCGUGUAAAUCCAAAAUCGACGAGAGAUUCGAGCCGCCCAUAGAGCACGCGCAUAAACAGACCGGAGCAACUCCGACCGUAUAUUCGUUCGUUAGGUUUUCCGAUUCCAUCAUAUCGUCGCCCUGGGUAACCGACCAUGAGACUGGAAAUCGUGUCGGCGGCGGACUUUCUGGUGCACCUGCUGCGCCUGCAGGCGGGUCAGCUGUCUGAACGUCAAUUGGAGAUGUUCAAGUCAUCGCUGACGGAGGUGCUGCGCCACCGUUACCGGGACCACUGGUUCCCGGAUCGGCCGAAUCGCGGCUCGGGCUACCGUUGCAUCCGCAUCAACGGCAAGAUGGACCCGGUGAUCGCCCAGGCCGGGGCGAACGUCGGCCUUCUGCCGACGGUCCUGCACAGCCUGUUCCCGAGCGAGCUCACCAUGUGGAUCGACCCGUCGGAGGUGUCGUACCGAAUCGGCGAGAACGGUUCCAUCUGCGUCCUGUACGAGCGGACCGAGCCCGAGAAUCCGGAAGAGCUCUCCCAGCAACACCACCAUCAGCAGCACCAGCACCACCAGCAACAUCAGCAAGCGCCGACUCUGCCGCAACAGUCGCAGCAACAGCAGCAGCAACAACAGCAGCAGCAACAGCAAUUCGAGAGCUGCAAGGACUCCUUAUUGUUGGAGCACCCGCAGUUUAGCGAGCAGAUCGCCGCGUACGUCUCCAGCUGAAUCGCCGGACUCGCCGUCGUCGCUCGCGUCCACGCUCUCGAAAUAAUGUAAUAAAUAUAUAUAUAUAUAUAUUCAUAUAUACAUAUAUAUAUAUAUAUAUAAAGCAGAAGCGCACGUGCAUCUCGUGAUAUGUGAUAUCCCGUGUGUGUCGCGUCGGACCGAGCAGGUCCGCGCGCGCUCGAUCUUUCAUGGACUCCCCCAAUUGCGUGCGUCCUCCUCGCGAUCCUUUCCUUCUUCGUUUGUUCUCUCGUCCCUUUUCCUUCCGUUCCGCGCGAGAGUUCUCUUCGAGACUUUCUCUUCUCGAGCGACGCUCCGUCGUCGCGAGUUCCUGCUGAAACGGGGAGAGUCCAUCCUUCGGGGAAACGCGAGCUCGUCCACGCGCGUCGGUCGACUCGAACGACUCUAGUCCAGUCUCGCGCAUCCGAAGAGGAAUCUGCUCUCUCGACGAUUAAUUGCAAGACGACGAGUCGAGUUUUCGGAGAGUGAGAAUCGGGAAGAAGAAGAAGAAUAAGAGAGAAGACGCGCAGCGAGCUCGAAGCCGUCUAAUUGAUCUCAGCAUCUCCUCAGCAUCCCCUCCUCCGAGGAGGAACAACGAAGACCAGCCAGCCUCGCCGCCCCUUGGCUUCUCGAGGGAGUAAAGGAACCGCACAUUUACACAAACACACACACACACACAUACAUACGGGACCGUCUCUCGCAUCCUUCCCGAAUGCGUCUUUCUUCCACGUACUUUGUCACGUCGUAUUUCGAAUCAAGGUUCGUACACGGACGCACGCGAGAGGGAAGCGAUCGAUCGCUUUACACACAUUCGUGUAUCGAGUUGCCAUAAAUAACUUUCGACGCGAAGACAACGCGAUGUUUACUCUUUUUCUCGCGACGCUCCCCGAAUCAUGCAAUUUUCGCGGGAGACGCGGAAGAGUUGUUUGUCGGUUUUGUCGUUCGCGUCGAAAACUGUUUUGCUCGAAAUUUCUCGUACGAUUUGAAUAUUCCAAAUUUCUGAAUCGUUGUAACAAAGACGCUUCCAUCUCGCGUCGCCGCGGUCUCUGCGAUCUUAUUAAAGUCGAGAAUCAUCUCCUCGCACACGUUCACGCAAAAUCAUCAAUCGAUCUCGCGAUGGAUCGUUGUACAAACGGCGUCGAUUUAUCGAACGUGUAUCCUUCCGUUGACGCAACUUUUCUUCUUUCUCUCAGGAAAUAUUUAUAUGAAAAUAAAAACAUUCGAUUCGACGCGCGACAUUUCCUCGGCUAAAUUUAUUUAUAGUUUCCUGAAUAAUUUUCAUUUUUCCCGAGAAGAGUUGGGUAUAACAACAUUCUCGGGAAACGUUGCGAUAACGAAGGAUUAAACAAAAAAAUCCGGUAUGCGUUUGUGAAUUCUUUUUUUUUUUUUUUUUUUUUCGCGUAUUUCGACUGUUGGACAGCGAGUCUCGAUGGUAGAAAUCUCAAGUCAAACUUUUAAAUGUGCAUAUAUACACACACACAUACAUAUGCGUACAUACAUACAUACACAAAUACACGUACAAAUUUUGCGAUAGCGCGUGAGUUUAUAUGUACAUACGUACAUAUAUAUAUAUAUAUAUAUAUGAAUAUGUAUAUAUAUAUAUAUAUAUAUAAAAGCGUUAUAUAGAGCACCGUGAACGGGUCCGGGGACGAAAGGGACGAGCGAAAUUGUCCUCGGGCGUGUACACAAUCGACGAAUUGUAUAUUAUCUUUCGCGUGAGAGAGACAGCGAGAACGAGAGAGAGUGUGUGUGUGUGUGUGAGAGAGAGAGAGCGAGAUAUAUAUAUAUAUAUAUAUGUGCGCAAGAAAGCAAGAGAAAACACGACGUAUAAAAUUGCUGUGAUUUUAUCCACGGGAAGGCACACAGACGUACAUUUUACUAUGGAGAGUCGGUCUCGGUAAGUGAAAUGCUCGAUGUAUGACGUAUGAUUGUGGAUGUGUGAUUCGGUAAUGAUUGGGAAUGAUUCCGAAAAAGAGAGAGAGGGAGAGAAUGAUUGGGCGCUCAUCCAACGUUACGUUCGUUCUCGCGCGCCUCGACAAUAAUAAUAAUAAUAAUAAUAAUAAUAAUAAUCGAGUUUGCUCGAUUAAUCCGCUUCGUGUUCGCGGCAUUCGUUCAAUUCGCGUAAUGAUCGGAAUGAGCUCCGUCGUUGUCGACGUUGCGAAUUUCUCUCGGUUCUAUACGUUAAUAAAAUACGCAAAAUUGAAAAAUUUAAUACAAAAUUUCAUUGUUUGGUGAAUUUUCCCGAGCGCGUGAGAACGGAGGUGAGAGUCUGCGCGUGUAUGUGAGAGAAAGAUCGAGUGGAUAAUGUCCCGUCUACACCUAAGGAUAAUCCUACCUGCGACUUAUUUCAGUGAGUGGUAUAAAUAAUCGAAAACCACACUGAAGUUGGUCUUCGUUCCUAAAUUUUUUCGAUCGCGAUACGAUUGAAGUGAGUAGUAAUACAGACUAUCAAAAACCACACUGAAGUUGGUUUUCAAUCGUACCGAAAGACUCGGAAAAAUGUAUGAUUGAAAACCAACUUCAGUGUGGUUUCUUGAUAGUCUAUAUUACUACUCACUUCAAUCGUAUCGCAAUCGAAAAAAUUUAGGAACGGAUUGAAGUGAGUAGUAAUAUAGACUAUCAAAAACCACACUGAAGUUGGUUUUCAAUCGUACCGAAAGACUCGGAAAAAUGUCUGAUUGAAAACCAACUUCGGUAUGGUUUUUGAUCGUUUAUAUUACUCGCUGAAAUAAGUCACAAAUAGAUUGAUCUUUAGAUUUGGAUGGGGCAUAAUGGAAAGAAGAAGAGAUGAAGGGAAGGGACGAACGAAGGAAAAGGCUCUGUACGUAGCAAUUAUAGAAACCAUGUCUGUGAUUAUACUAAGAAUAGAGAAAGAGAGACAAUAUAAGCAAUCUCCGUAUGUAACGACCUAAACACGAGCGGCGUGUGCGCUUAUUAUUACUAUAUACAUACCGGUAUGUAAAUGCUACAUAUAUACAUAUGUAUUACGUAUAUACAUACACACGUGCGAGAGAAUCUUUUUCGUUUUCGCGAAUACGCGAGUGUCUCGCGCGAUUCUAAUCGGGUCGUCAUUUUUUUUCGUUAAUCGGGGUCGAAAAUUUACACACACGACACAGUAUUUUGACACGAUACGGUAUCGACUUUUUUUUUUCUCGCCGUUCAUAUUUACAUGUAUCUCGUAUCUCAAAGUAUCAGUUUUAUCGGCGAUCUGUUCAGCAGGCAAAGGAAUUCAUCGGAAGCAAAUAAUGCGAUUUGAAUAUCGCUUCGAAUAUCGAACGACGACUCGUUGAAAAUCGCGCGACGCGUUCGCGAACAAUGAAAGGACGACCGAAAAAAAGAGCCUCGACCUCGUCUCUAUCUAUAAUAAACUCGGCUCUUCUGGCAUUGACGUCACAUGUGAUAGGUCCGAGUAAUUGAAGACUAUUAAAUACAUAUAUAAUAUACGUACUCGUCCACAUCAUCGCGAUAAACUUGUCGAAUCGAAAAAAGCUCUCGUUAUUUCGACUCGCUACACGUGACGUCAGAAUCUGCGGAGAAGUCUUUACUAUAUACGGCGAGAGGUGAAUUGGUAAGAGAGAGAGAGAGAUUAGAUAUCGUUUCCUUCAUUUUGACGUAGGUGGGAGGGGAGCAAACACACGAUCCCAUAUUUUAUGCAGAAGCACUAACCGAUCUCCGAUAUAUAAUCUGUCGAAAGUAGUGCGGCGAGAGAGAGAGAGAGAAAGUGCGAGAGAUCUCGCGUCGUCCUUCGACGAUUAUUAUUUUGCCGACAACGCACGUUUCUUUCCCUUUGUUUUCGAUUUUCCUUUUCGCGAAAACUCUGUAAUCCCACGUCUACUGUGUUGCUUAUCUAUUUCCCCAUAAACAUGCAUAUAAAACUAUAAAUGUCAACACAAAUGCUGAGAAAGAGAGGACGGUGAGGCGGAAAAUUGAAAGAGAGAGAGGGUGAGAGAGAGAGAAGAAAGCGGAGCGAAAGGAAAGAAUGCGAGCAUUUAUUUUGCGCGAAUAAAUUGUAAUUACUAUAUAUAUAUAUGCGCAUAUAUUAUAUAUACAUAAUUAUAUAC